AUGACCAAUUUACUUUGUUCGAGGUCGCUCUUUGGAGCUUCCCGUAUAUUCUCACAUUUCAAUGGCUUCACUCCAGCGGUUAGGCAAAUGAGGCGCAGAGGAUUGGCAGAUGCUUCUUCAAAUGAUAUGACUCUCCCUCUGAAAGGGUAUAAAGUACUAGAUAUGACCCGAGUGCUUGCCGGCGUAAAUCGAAACAAAAAAUCACUAGGACUUUCCUUUAAACAUCCAUCGGCAGUCAAAAUUCUUCAUAAACUCGCUGCAGAAAGUGACAUUCUCGUUGAGAACUACUUACCGGGUUCACUGAAGAAAUAUGAGAUGGACUACGAAACCCUGCGAGAGAUCAAUCCGCGACUAGUAUACGCUUCUAUUACCGGUUAUGGCCAGACAGGUCCGUAUCGAAACCGAGCUGGAUACGAUGUUAUGGUAGAAGCCGAAAUGGGGCUGAUGCACAUCACGGGAAGUAGAGAUGGACCACCCGUGAAAGUAGGAGUUGCCGUGACUGAUUUGACGACCGGCUUGUAUACUAGUAAUAGUAUUAUGGCUGCUUUGUUGGCAAGAGGAAGGACGGGAAGAGGACAGCACAUUGAUGUUGCUCUAUCUGAUUGUCAAGUUGCUACAUUGUCAAACCUGGCGAGUUCUUGUUUGAUAAGCGGGGAGAAGGACGGGGGGAGAUGGGGGACUGCCCAUCCAUCGAUUGUACCAUAUCGUUCGUAUAAGACGAAAGACGGGGAUAUCUUAUUCGGCGGAGGAAAUGAUAGAUUAUUCGGACUUCUGUGCGAUGGGCUUGGACGCUCAGAAUGGAAAGAAGAUCCAAGAUUUGUCAUUAACACAUCAAGAGUUGCCCACCGAGCAGAAUUAGACAGCUCUAUAGAGAAGAUCACGCAAGAUAAAACGACUCAAGAGUGGCUAGAUAUUUUCGAGGGCUCCGGACUACCAUAUGCGGCCAUCAAUGACAUCCAAGGAACAUUGAAUCAUGAGCACGUGUUGGCAAGGGAUAUGGUUACGGAGAUGAAUCAUGAAUAUUGUGGUCCCAUAAAGAUGGUCAACACUCCAAUUAAAUAUAGCGAAAGCAAGCCAGGUAUACGAACAGUGCCCCCUAUGCUAGGACAACACACGGAUGAGAUUCUCAGGGAUGUCCUGGAUACUUAUCACGCUUGUCGCGACCCAGCAGCUCUGUUAAUUCUCGCCGGCGCAAAUAUAAUUGCCUUGGCCGAAUACCAAUCAACCACGACAGACAUGGACGCGCCAAACAAUACUCCAGCUCCUGCAGCUGCAACUGGAGCCAAUGACACAGCUACGGGCGAAUCAUCUCCUCCUAAAUAUGUCCCUCAAUUCUCUGCCGCUACCGAAAUGAUUCUCCAGCGCAUGAAAGCAGGAAUAACUGGUGGGCUGUCCAGUAUUGGCAUUACAGGGACACCACCGGGCUACGAGGAAAUGCGCAGAAACGUUAUGUCAGGCAUGAAAACUACACAGAAUAUGCAAAUAAAUACACCACCACCAAGAUAUCAAACUAGCAAAAAGCCAACGCCUAAAGCCGGUGCCACACCUAAAAUUGAAACUCCGACAGGGUCUGUAAAUAGUGCAGGAACCAAAAAGAGAGGGAAAGGGCCAAGGGCGGGACAAAAGCGGAAAAGAGUCAAGGAUGAGAGUGAAAGUGCGGACGAGUCUGAUGCUUUAAGUGGUCUAGGUGGAGAUUCAGACUCGGAUGGUUCGAACAGUGCGACUACGGAAAUGCCAAAAAUUACACAAAGCGGGAGACAAAUAGUGAAGCCGAUACAAUUCGUUCCUACACUGCCCGAGGCAAGCUCGAGAAAACGGUCUUCUGCGUCAGCACAUAAGCGAAGCCAAAAUCAAGAACAAGCCUUAUGCAAAAGAUGUGGGAGAGGCAAUAGCCCUCAGAAUAAUAUGAUAGUUUUUUGUGAUGGAUGUAACUUAGGAUGGCAUCAGAUGUGCCAUGAUCCCGUGGUUUCGGAAGAAGAGGUGAAGGAUGAACAGGCUCCAUGGUUUUGCAAUGAUUGUGCGAGGAAAAGGGGGAUUAAACCGGCACCAUCUAAGAAUGACGGUAGAAGGGCAUAUCUAGCAACACUCCCUCAUCCCCAACUAGUAGAGCUUCUCGUCAAAGCUUCAACCCUUCAUCCAGAUAUGCCCAUAUUCCCCGCAAAUCCUCCACCCCUCCAACCCCGCCAAUCACAGAAUACAUCUCGCCUCACAACAAAUCACGCCGCACAACCGUUCCCUCCCUCCGCCACUUCCACAGCAGGUCUCUUCUCUCGUGCAGAAUCAAACCCCAACGCCCCAAUGAACUUCAUUCGUAAAGUAGGUCCUAAUUCCACGGCUUCCAAUAUCACCCCUUCUUCAAUGUUUACCUCAUCAUUCCCACCGACACCAGCUUUCGCUCAUGCCUCUUCCGCUCCACCUACACUACCCCCGCAAACCACUGGAAAUACCGAGUCAAAUGGACACACCAAUGGAAUGGGUAAUGGACAAGGUCUGUCACAGGAAAGCAGAGAGUCUACUCCAAAUAGUCCACCAUACCCUAAAGCUGGAACAGGCCUUAUGAGUAAACUGGGCCCGGACGACGAAGAUAUCGAGUGGUUAGUUGAUAAUGGAGAUUUUGAGGCUUUUAGUCAUACGGUUUAUGAUGAUCAUGGGGAAAAGGAUGCUGGGGUUUUAUGA